GGGACGUUGUUGGCACCAUGAGUUGGUAGCUGAUCUGAACUCCAAAUGCAUUGCCUUCUCUCUUUUGACCACAAAGGAUUUUCUGUGUGACAAAUCCAAUUUCUUUUGGAGCGAAGACGGCGACAAUGGCGCCACCAGCAAUCCGUUGGUCUGCGAUCACUGUUCUCUUGUUUUCUCUUAUCGCCUGUCCGUCCUUCGCUAUUUACUGUGACGAGGACGAUUGUUACGAUCUACUAGGUGUCUCGCAGAGCGCAAAUGCUUCGGAGAUCAAGAAAGCUUACUACAAGCUCUCAUUGAAAUAUCAUCCCGAUAAAAAUCCAGAUCCGGAAUCGAGAAAGCUGUUUGUUAAAAUUGCAAAUGCUUAUGAGAUUCUGAAGGAUGAAGCCACACGGGAGCAGUACGAUUAUGCAAUUGCACAUCCGGAAGAGGUAUUUUACAAUACUGCUCGUUAUUAUCAGGCAUAUUAUGGACACAAAACAGAUCCCCAUGCUGUCCUGGUGGGCCUUCUUUUGGUUCUUUCAGCGUUUCAGUAUCUCAAUCAGUGGACAAGGUAUAAACAGGCUGUAAGUAUGGUCAAGAAGACACCGGCUUAUAAGAACAGACUCAGGGCACUGGAGCUUGAACGCAGUGGUGGGGUAAUAAACAAGAAAAAGGGUCAGAAACAGAUGGACAAAAAGAUGGAAGAGGAACUAAGUAAGGAACUUGAGCUGCAGAUAAAGGGAGCUGAAAAACCCUCCAUGUGGGAACUUGUUGCUGUCCGUUUUUUACUCUUACCUUACACUGUUGGCAAGCUUUUGCUAUGGAAUGGGUGGUGGUUCUGGAGAUACCAAGUGAAAAAAGCUCCUUAUGCUUGGGAUGAUGCCUGCUACUUGACAAGGAGAUCUCUCAGAAUUCAUGUUGAUGCAUGGAAAAAUAUUGAUGAAACAGCAAAGGAUGAUCUUGUCCGAAGACGAUUAUGGGAGAAGUCAAACCUGGAGCAUUAUUUGGCUGAGCUGCGUAAGGAAUCAAAACGAAGGAGAUAGCUGGUUUUGUUUGAAGCUACGCUGCUAGAGUCAAUUGUCCUUUUGCAUCACUCUUCAUCCAUCUACUUAAGUUAUUUCUUGAAUCUUGGUCAAUUUUAACAAACUAAACUAGUGUAAGGGCUGAAUUCUUGUUCAAUUUUGACAAACUAAACUAGUGCAAGGGCACAUGCUAUGUAUGUGGACAAGUAAAGGUAAAAAGGGUAAAAAGACGAAAAACAUACAUUUUGGCAAAAUGGGAAUAGGAGAUGAAUAGACACUCAAAUUUUGAAAAAUUUUCAUUGUACUUCUCUGACUUAACUCAGUGCUUAGAUUUAAAGAUUAAAAAUAUUUGGGCAGUAUUGGCAUUAUAUGGUAAA